GAUAGAGAGAAAAAUGGAGCGCUUUUGGCUGUGGAGGUUUUUAAUACUGCUGCAAGUUUAUGAUUUAUGUUUGGUUCCGGCAUCAGGGAAACAGUGGAAGAAAACUAGAGACAAGAUUUCUGAUGCUGUGAAAGGUUACACUCCGUGCAACCCUGUCAACUGCAGCUGCCAUCUAAGUGUCCUACAACAUGACUUGCAACCCUUUAAAAGGAAAAUCUCUGAGGAUGUCAUGGCUGCGACUCUCCAAAGAGGUGUGGGCACCCACUACCAGAUCAUUGGACACAAGUUGUACAGAGAGCACAACUGUAUGUUUCCUGCCAGGUGCAGUGGGGUAGAGCAUUUCAUCCUGGAGGUGAUCGACAGGUUACCUGACUUGGAGAUGGUGGUCAAUGUCAGGGAUUACCCUCAAGUCCCCAGUUGGGUGCAGCCAACGCUGCCUGUAUUCUCUUUCAGUAAGACGGCAGACUACCAGGACAUCAUGUACCCUGCAUGGACUUUUUGGGAAGGUGGACCUGCCGUGUGGCCCAUAUACCCCACUGGACUGGGAAGAUGGGAUCUGAUGAGGGAUGACCUUAAAAAGUCUGCAGCACAGUGGCCAUGGAAGAAGAAGGAGUCCAGAGGAUUCUUCAGAGGCUCCAGAACAAGUCCAGAGCGUGACCCUCUGAUUCUUCUGUCCAGAGAAGCUCCAGAGCUGGUGGAUGCAGAGUACACUAAAAACCAGGCCUGGAAGUCUGAGAAGGACACACUGGGGAGACCCCCAGCCAAAGAAAUCCCACUGGUUGAUCACUGCAAAUACAAAUAUUUAUUCAACUUCCGAGGUGUGGCAGCCAGCUUCCGCUUCAAACAUCUCUUCCUCUGUGGUUCACUGGUGUUUCAUGUGGGGGAUGAAUGGCAGGAGUUUUUUUACCCUCAGCUCAAGCCCUGGGUCCACUACAUCCCAGUCAAACAGGAUCUCUCUGAUGUCAGGGAGCUGCUACAGUUCGUCAAAGAGAAUGAUGCCAUCGCACACGAGAUUGCCGCAAGGGGUAAGGAAUUCAUCCUCGAACACCUGCGGAUGCAAGAUGUUUCCUGCUACUGGGAGAGACUCCUCACUGAGUUUAGCCAUCUUCUCACCUACAAACCCAAAAGAAAGAACGAGUAUAAUCAGAUUGUCCACAGACCCAGCAAGACAGAGCUGUAAGAAAGACACUCUGUGGGACCAGGGCAGCUGUAGUGAAGGGAAACUCCCAAUAAUGAAUGUAAUCACUACACCACAACAUAUGAUUUCCAUAGUUACAGGGCACGUAGCUUAGUAUUACACAGUCACAGGUGUCACUCAGUGUGACUGUGGAUGCUGCCAUACCUUCAGUUGCCACUAGGGGGCUUAUUUUGAGUCAUUGAUCACUUUCUGGUUCUUUUAGUGGACUUGCUUCUAAAAAUAACUUCUCUUUUUAUGGCUGCAGUCUGUACACACCAGCAAAGUAAUAAUCAUGUGAGCUGUCUUUCUAUACUUUAGAAAAUAACCCUAUUGGCAUCAUAGUGGUGUCAUCAGGGGUGUUUUGGCUUGGGCUUGGAGACAUUUUGGGAAUGCAGGGUUUGAAAUAAGUGGCAGUUGGUGUAGGAUCCACAGGUUUUGGAGCUUGACCCAUACUAAGGACUAAAAGUCAAGAUUUCUCGGUUUGUACUACUUCAAUUUUGACCAUACUUUUUAGUAAUCUGUCUCUUCUGAGUCCCCCAACUUUAUAGUUGUGUCAUACCAAAUUACUGCAGCAAACCUUUAACAUGCAGUACAAGACUUUACAUUGUGUUGUAAUAUUAAUCACAUCUAGAUGGGGCUUCCCAGAUUGUAAUGAAGAUCAGACCUCUUGAUUUUUUUUUUUUUAACUGAAUUUGUAUUUGAAGAUCAGCUUCUUAUCCUCAGUGACCUUCAAGGACUGACAGGAAGACGUCCACUGCCUUGCUAGGAUAAAAGCUGUAUUGAACCCUGACCUUCUCACCUUUUCCUGUAGAUUACUCACCAAAUUCUAAUGAAAAUGUUGCACAUCCAGCUGUGGAGCACCUAGAACUCUAAUUUUAAAUACUUGAAUCACAGCACUGCAAAGUGUGACAUGACUAUCCACGAAGGAUGUACCGAUAAUAAUACUAUUUACGGAUGCCAUGCUGUUACAUAUUUAAUACAUGGAAGGAUUUCCUGAGAACUACAAAGUUGUCAUAUGCACCACAUGGAAUGCUCAUCUGCUUUUUGAAUGUAGAAAAAAAUCGGAAAAUGUUAUACCUGGGAGUCCUGAUCUAAUUGUUCAAGACCAUAUCUACUCAAGUUCUUUUAAUAUAAAGAAAGGUAUUGUCUAAAAAUGAGACUUACUUAGUUCAUAGAUAAUAUAAACGGGAAUGGAAUCUGUUGUUGAUGGGGGGAAAAGUGUCAUCAGUGGAUCACUAAUAUUGAAUAUUAAAGGCUGGUGUUAAGGUAGUUUAUUUUUGUGCCCCUGACCGUACUCAAAGCUCACACAGGACGUCAGCUGUGCUACACUGCCCUCUACUGGACAGCUGAACAAACGUGCAGACCUGUACCAAGUUUCAUGCAGCAUAUCCAUGUACUGUUGGAUUUACUUGUUUAUUGCAGCAGUGAUGUCUGUGUCAGCAUUUGAAUGGAUUCUUCCAUGAUUUAAAUAACUUGAAAGCACAAAAAUAAUUAUUCACAGUAAACAUUUCAUUCCACACUAAGUGCCAACAGAAAGCAAUAAUCAUUUUAGAGGAAUUAGUUUUAUUUUGAUGUGUGGAGUUUCAAAGAAACACUCAUGUUAGUUGUUUUUACCUUUUGAUUAUGGUGUAUAGUUCAUGCAGGAGAAUGUUGAAUAUGUUGUAGUAUUCACAUUGUACUGUGAACCAGCAGAUUCUCACAGAUGUAAGGUUGUUAUUUUUUUAUAGUCAAGAACUGUGGUAAAGAUGGUCCAUUAGUAUGUUGAUUUGACCAAAAUACUGUGAUCGUGUGCCUGGUCAAAGUGUGACAUUCAGAUUUGUCACAGCUUGUGCAGCAUUUUUUGUUUUUAUGCCAAUAAACUGUUUGGUUCCGAAAAUGUA